AUGGCUUCAACCUUGGAUCAUCUUGCACAGCUCCUCGACGCAACUCUAGAUGCGCAGCACCACCGCAAAGCGGAGAAUGCGUUGAAGGAAGAGGCUAAGAAGCCGAAAUACUCUUUGUCGCUUCUCAGCCUCGUUAGCAGCACAACCGCCGCCCUCAAGACCCGCCUAGCCGCCGCUUUAGCCUUCAAGAACUUCAUCCGUCACAACUAUGUGGACGAGGAUGGAAAAUACAAGCUCCCCGAGGAUGAGGUACAAACGAUCAAGCAAGAGCUCGUUGGGCUGAUGAUUUCAUCUCCGCCCACAAUACAAACACAGCUUGGCGAAGCUAUCAGUUUAAUCGCGGAUUCAGACUUCUGGGAGCGCUGGGAUACUCUGACCAAGGAUCUCGUCAGCCGUCUCUCCAAUACCGACUUCAAGGCCACGAACGGCGUGUUGGAAGUUGCACAUUCGAUCUUCGUGCGAUGGCGGCCACUUUUUCAGUCCAAUGAUCUCAACAGGGAGAUUAUACACGUUGUCGGCGAUUUUGGCGAGCCCUUUGUACAGCUAUUAAGCAUUGCCGACGGCCAAAUCGAGGCGAACAAAACCAAUGGCGACGCUCUCAAGGGAUGGCUCGAGACGAUGAGCCUGUUGAUCCGGAUCCUCUACGAUCUCUGUUGCCAAGAUAUCCCGCCGGUCAUUGAGACACACUUACAGCCCAUCAGCCAGCUCCUCCACAAAUACAUCGUCUACACGAACCCCAUCUUUGACGACGAGGACGAUGAGGCUACACCGCUCGAGAUACUCAAGUCUGAUAUCUGCGACGCCCUCCAGCUGUUCACGAACAAGUACGACGACGACUUUGGCAAGUAUGUCCAGGAGUUCACGAACAACGUUUGGAACGUACUUUCGAGCGUCGGUCCCGAGAAGCGAUAUGAUACCCUCACGUGCAAGGCGUUGCAAUUUUUGACUGCCGUUGCCUCAGUACGGCGGCACGCCGAGAUCUUCAACAACGAGCAGAUCCUCAGCACCAUCGUUGAGAAGGUCAUUCUUCCCAACGUCGCACUUCGGGAGUCGGAUAUCGAGAUGUUUGAGGAUGAGCCCAUCGAGUUCAUUCGACGUGAUCUAGAGGGCUCGGAUACCGAUUCGCGGAGGAGGGCAGCCACGGAUUUCCUGCGGAAACUCUUGGACAACUUCGAGCCCCUGGUCACGCAGGUAGUCUUCAGGUACAUCAAUCACUACCUUGCCGCCGGAAAGUCGGACUGGAAGGCAAAGGAUACCGCAGUCUACCUCUUCCUGGCCGUUGCCGCCAAGGGCGCGGUUACCGCUGCUCACGGUGUAAAAACCGUCAACAGCUUUGUCAACGUCGUCGAAUUCUUCGAGCAAAACAUUGCUUCAGAUCUUCUCACAGAGACGGACCAGCCUAUCUCGAAGGUGGACGCCAUCAAGUACCUGUACACCUUCCGCAGUCAACUCAACAAGGCCCAAUGGGCCAGCGCCAUCCGACCGCUCAUCCAGAACUUGGCCUCCUCCAACUACGUCGUCUACACCUACGCAGCCAUCGCGGUGGAGAGAGUACUUUUCUUAACCGACGAGCAGGGCCAGCACUUAUUCCCGCGGAGCGAUAUCGAGCCGUACGCCAAGGAUUUGCUUGAGCACCUAUUUGCCUUGAUCGCGAAGGGCGGAACGGCCGUGAAGGUGCAAGAGAACGAGUUUUUGAUGAGGUGCAUCAUGAGAGUCCUGAUCGUCAUGAAGGAGGGCAUCCUCGAUUAUGGGGCCGAAACCGUCUUGACCCACCUUAUCAACAUCACGAAUGUGAUCAAGGAGAACCCCAGCAACCCUCGCUUCUACUACUACCACUUCGAGGCAAUUGGUGCACUCGUAAGGUACUGCAGCAAUGCGCCCAAGCUCAACCUGCUUCAACAGCUGUGGACGCCAUUCAUUGCCAUCCUUAACGAGGAUGUUUCUGAAUUCGUCCCCUUCGUCUUCCAGAUUUUUGCGCUACUCCUAGAGCUCAGUCCAUCAAACCAGGUGCCUGGCGAUUUCAAGGUUCUAAUCGAGGCCGUUCUGGCCCCGGGCCCCUGGGAAACGAGGGGCAACGCGCCGCCCCUGUCCAGGUUCAUCGCCGCCAUCAUUCCCAAGGCCGCCGAGGAAAUCAAAGCGGAGAAGAAACUAGAGCCCAUCCUCACUAUCUUCCAGCGCUUGUUGGGCGGGAAGAAGACCGACCAAAAUGCCUUCGAUCUUCUGGAGGCCAUCGUUGGCACAUUUCCUGGGAGCGUCUUGGAAGAGUACUUUGGGACCAUCCUCACACUCAUCUUCACUAAACUCCAGGCGAGCCCCACUGACUCAUACAAGUCGCGUGUCGUCCGUUUCUACCACCUCGUUUCAGCGCGCGCUGGCGACGGUCAGAUGGGUGCCGACUAUUUUAUCACCCAUGCCGAAGCCAUCCAGCAGAACGUCUUCACGCCCUUUUAUCUGACCAUCAUCCUACCCACAACAGGCCAGUUCGCCCGCCCAGUGGACCGGAAGCUCGGUGUUAUCUCGUACACCAAGACGCUGUGCGAGUCGACCAAGUUUGCCGAGCGCUACCAAAAAGGUUGGGGCUUCACUUGCAACAAUCUGCUUGACCUGCUCAAAAACCCGCCGCGUGUUACCGCUGGCUUUGGUGACGCCAUUGUCAACGAGGCCGAUGUGGAUGACAUUGGUUUCGGUGUCGGCUUCACGCCUCUCAAUACCUGCAAGCGCGGGCCCCGCGACGACUUCCCAGAGAUUCUUGAGGUAGACAAGUGGGUUAGCCAGUACAUGAAGGAGGCAAAUCAACGCCAUGGCGGUGCCAUCGCGAAAUUUGUGGGGGAGAGGCUCUCCCCCGAGGCCAAGGCCGCUCUCGCGCCGUACCUGGCUUAG